AUGAAGUACUUAACAUUUAAUAAAAGUAGUAAAGACGCAUUUGACUUAAAUGAAAAGUUAGGAGCAACUAAAAUUGAUUUAUCGAACCCACUGUUAUUACAGUAUACUUGGGUAAUAUGGGAACAAGUCUCAGAUAAUAAAAUUAAACAAAGUAAUAAUUAUAAGGAUUAUACAAGACCUUUAGCAAAAUUUAAUAGUGUUCAAAAGUUUUGGCAGCUAUGGAAUAGAUUACCUCAACCAAGUGAUUUACUUACUCAAAGAUGUAUGAAAAGAUUAUCAGAUGAUGGGGAAUUACGUAUUGUUGAUGCUCUUAUGAUUUUUAGAGAUAAUAUACAACCAAUGUGGGAAGACCCAGCUAAUUGUGGAGGUGGCCAUUUUGAGUAUAAAAUAUUACCAAAAGAUUUUCCAUAUAGUCAGAUAGAUGAAUUUUGGAAUAAUCUUGUAUUGGCAAUUGUUGGUUGUAGUUUGAAAUAUUACAACUUAAUAACAGGAAUUAGAUUAGUAGAUAAAUUAAGUGUUUCACGAUUUGGUCAUAUAAGAAUAGAAAUAUGGUAUACUACAAUAACAGAAGAUACUACUCUUAGUAAUUUAAGAAAAGAUCUUGAAGAGCAUAUGUGCAAUCGUAUUGAUGGUAAUCAUGUUUUUCCACCAAGAGCUAGGAAUCUCAGUCACGCACACAAGUAA